CUCUCCUCGCUGUCUGCCUCUGCGUCUGCCUCUGCGCUGCGGACGCUCUUCCGCAGGUCUGCCUCAGUGCAUCCUCCACACCGCUCCCAGAAUGCAACGCGGGGCUGUCAUGGCCGCUCACUGAUGACACGUGUGGAGCACAGGCAGAAAUAAACACAUUAAAAAAAGAGGCGAACAGCAGCCCUACAGCUACCCCGGCGGAGCGUCCGGACGGCUCGGACUUAACGCCAACCCGCCACCCCUCGGCGACCGCGUCCCGCUGCUGUGAGUGCAGGCGAUCGGAGGCUGGCUGGAGAGAUGCUGCUGGAGGUGGAGGCGCCUGUGCUGAGGAGCUUUCUGCUGGAGACGGAGCGCUGCGAGUGGGAGCAGGGCAUCCUCGGCAGCGCAGAUGGAGGUGUGCUGCUGCAGUAUGUGUUUGAGGGGGAUUUCGAGGCAGUGCUGCUCAGUCCCCAGGUGCUGGAGUUACUGGCUGGUGACCCAGAAGAAGGCGAGAGCAUCGAGGCUUACCUGGAGAGACGGGUCCUUAGCUACAUUAGCAGUGCCACAGACGACCAGAGGAGUGACAGGCAGAUAGUUUUGCUGGCAUUGGCGGUAGCAUGUCUGAACUUUUUUGCCCAGGCAAACUGGACGGGACCUCCAGUCAGCCUGCAUAUCGCUGAUUUCCUUCCUGCAGCCCUCCUGAAGCCCUACUCUGAGCAGGGAGCCAUGACCUCAGCGUUGUUGUCCUGUCUGUUGUUGGAUGGAGAGUCUGUGUACAGCCUGGUGUCCAACCCUUUCCUGCUGCUGCUUGCUAGAGUUCUGCUGGUCAACUGUGCAGCAAAGCUGGAAAAUCUGCAGCUGCUGCCCUGGUGGACGCUGAGAUAUGUCGUCUUGCAUCAGCAGGUUCUGGAGGAAAGAUCCCCACAGCUCUUGACCCUAGCAAAGAGCUGCAUGGAAAAAGUAAGUAAAUGUGAAGAUCUUUUCACCAGUCGAACACACAAAAACCUGGGUAUACUCUUCCACUUGGAGUGCAGCUAUAUCUGCUUGACCUACUAUGAGUAUCUUAAGGCUAAAGAACACCUGCAGAAAGCCCGGGAGCUCUCCGGACUCAGCAUUAACAUGACAGGUGCGCUGGGGAAGAGAACUCGUUUUCAGGAGAAUUUCCUUGCUCAACUCAUCCUUGAUGUUAAGAGGAAGGAGGACUCAACCUUUCUUGCGUGUGAGAGCAGCCUUUCACUUGCACCAACGCCCAAAGAACUCUUGCCAAAGGACUACCAGCUGAAUGAUGAUACGGUGCUGAACCAGAUAAACCUAGCAGACCCAUCUGAGCACGACCUCCCAGACCUCAGUGCAGAGGAGCAGGCCCUUAUCCUGGGAGUGUGUACGGACUUCCAGAAGAACAAUCCAGUUCACAAACUUAACGAUGAAGAGCUCCUGGCUUUCACAACAUGCUUGCUGUCUCAGCCAAAGUUCUGGUCAGUGGAAGUAACAUCCCUGUGCCUGAGAACUAAAGUGGAAAGGACAAGCUCACGAAGAGUGGAGCGUGCCAUGAUGCAAAUGCAGGCAUUGGUGGAUUUCUUUGCGGAGACGAACUGUCCAGUGUCGGAGAGACUGAAGAUCUUCUACAGUUGCCGGGCACCUCCACAUUGGGAGCUACAGAGGCAGUUAGCGAGUUUGCUGACAGAUCUGGGUCUGACCAGCUCUGCUCUGCUGGUUUAUGAGAGACUGGAGCUCUGGGAGGACGCCGUCAUCUGCCUAGAGCGAAUGGGCCAGCAUGGCAAGGCAGAGGAGAUCUUGAGGCGAGAACUAGAGAAGAAGGAGACCCCAUCUUUAUACUGUCUGCUGGGGGAUGUGUUGAAAGACCCGCAGUUCUAUGAUCAGGCCUGGGAGCUGUCCAAGCACCGCAGUGCUCGGGCCCAGAGGUCCAGAGGCCUCUACCACCUCCGCAACAAAGAGUUUCAGCAGUGUGUUGAGUGCUUUGAAUGCUCACUGCGCAUCAAUCCAAUACAGUUGGGCGUAUGGUUUUCUCUAGGCUGUGCAUACUUUGCAUUGGAGGGCUACGAAGGGGCAGCUAAAGCCUUCCAGAGAUGCGUGGGGUUGGAGCCAGAUAACUCAGAAGCCUGGAACAAUCUCUCCACAGCCUACAUCAAACUGAGGUUAAAGGAGAAGGCCUUCCGCACCCUGCAGGAGGCACUGAAGUGCAACUUUGAGCGCUGGCAGAUUUGGGAGAACUUCAUCACUGUGUGUAUUGACGUGGGCGAGUUCUCUGAGGCCAUCCGAGCUUAUCAUCGCCUCAUGGACUUGAGAGACAAGUAUAAGGAUGUGGAGAUCCUUGAAAUCCUGGUAAGGGCCGUGAUCGAAAACCUCACAGAUCACCGUGGCGACCAGGCGUCCAGCUUAAAACCUAAACUACAAGAACUCUUAGGCCGGGUCUCCGCCCGCUGCAGCACCGACGCCCAAAUAUGGAGGCAGUAUGCUCGUCUCUAUGGUGAUGGGCAUAGCAACAACAAGGAGGACAAUGAGAAGGCAUUGCAGUUCCUGUCUAAGGCCCACCGGUGUGAGAUGCAGACAGCAGGCUGGGAAAAGGAGACCAGCAGCUUUAAAGCUGUACUAAAGGGAGCCAUCGACAUGGCCACCGUCUCUAUCAGCUGUAGCAGGGAGAAGAGUAAUCCACAGGAGGCAUUGCAGCUGUUGUCCUCGGCACGGCUAAGCCUGAAGAGUCUGGCCACCAAAGCAAAACAACUCUACACUGAUGUUUCUACUGGAGAAAUCCAAGACGACAUGAGAAAUGAUGUGACAGAACUGGAACAGCUUAUCACAGAGCUCCAAGACCUGAGUGCUCAGCUGCGCAGCCAAUCAGAAUAGCCUUUUCACUGCAGGCAACAUCUAUUCUUUAUCCAGCCUAUACUAUAUUUAUGGCAUACCUUUUAGUCCUAGACAAAGACCAAGCCUAGUUAUGGACUCUGCUCUGCCAAGGGCUGUUACUCAGUGUUCCAUGCGGGCACCUCCACCUAGUGGAGCCCAAUUUUUCUUUAUGUCCAGAUGUUAUUGGUCGAGAACCAACAACAAAAUGCAAUUCUACCAGAACACGGAACUCCAGAGCACACAGGUAACAUCAGUGAUGUUAAGGCCUUGCACAUGUAACAACUGCAUGACCUUCUUAAUAAAUGCUUUUCUCUUUA